CACGGGCAUUGACCUAGUUAAAUGUAAUCGCUUUACCAAGAGUUAUGGUUCUUGUGUUAAGUGUGUAGAGUUUGCUUUGUUUACUAUAAAACUAUUGUGCUAGCCAUUCUCAUUUAAUAAACCUAAGGUUACAAGAAACGCCCUGCCUUCACAUUUGAAGCACUGAGUGAUAUUUUUUUUUUAUACCUUAACGCUCUGACUGGAUCAAGCUGUGCAAUCCACUGUCUCUUGACACACAGAGAUGAAGGCAAUAAGACUGACUCUGUGCCAACUGUGUCACAAUGACGUGCGGGGGUACCUCAUCCCCACCCGUCUUAUGUCGUCCGUGACUCAGAUGCACGAGGGUCAGGUCAAGGUCAGGCCUUUUUCAGAGAUACCUGGACCAAAAGGAAUUUAUCAGUGGCCAGUAAUCGGAACAGUGUUGCAUUAUAAACCUUUCACCAAACACACUCCGGAGAAAAUUCAUCGUCUCAUGAACGAGCUGUUUGACAAAUACGGACCCGUGGUCAAAUUUCGAAUGGGGCCUCAAACGGUUGCAGUUUGUGACCCUAAAGACUUUGAAACUGUUUUCAGGAAUGAAGGCCAGUACCCCGUGCGGCCCACUCUUGACAUAGUCACAGCUUACAAUAAAAGAAAUGGACACAAGGAGACGUUUGCACAAUUACAGGGUGAAGAGUGGCACGCCAGAAGGACGCCUCUGAACAAAAGACUGGUUAGAAGUGACUCUGCCUCGUAUUAUUUGGAGCAGCAGGGCCAAGUUGCAGAGGACUUGGUCCGAGCUUUGGCCAAGGAAGAUUUGACAGCUGUGGAUUUUCAGGAUUUAUUUUAUCGCUACGCCUCUGAAAGUAUAUUUUUAGUGGCAUUCAAUAGAAGACUGGGACUGUUCGAAGAGGAACCAGAUAAAAUUUCUACAGACUUUGUACAAGCUGCCAAAACCUCCACCCAGAUGCUGCAAGACGCUUUGCUGGGCAAACUGUUCAUGACCAAAUGGUUGAAGAACUCCUCCUACAAAAAAUUUGAGGCUCUUCUGAAUUUCCAGAAAAAAGUUACGGCUGACUGUGUGAUGGAGGCUAGAAAGGUUCUGGAAGAUCGGAUGAAGUCUGGAGAUUUCAAAGCAGACGAACCCAACUUGCUGUUUUCUCUGCUCUCAGAAAAAAACAUGACAGAUGAAGAUAUAAAUGACGCUGUGGGAACCUUGUAUGCUGCUGGAACUGAAUCAACUGCUAAAAAUUUGCAAACAUUCUUCUACACAUUGGCCCUAAAUCCCGAAAAGCAGGAAAUUCUAAGACAAGAAAUACUUAAUAUUCUAGGAGCUAAUGGCAUUUUGACAGCCCAAGCCUUGUCACAGAUGGCAUUUUUAAAAGCUGCUUUAAAGGAAUCAUUCAGGCUGUAUCCCCCAGCAGCAGUUGGGAUCAUCCGAGUUUUACCAGUAGAUGUUACACUAGGGCAGUAUGCUGUUCCAGCUGGGACUCAGAUUAUAAUGUUUAGUCCAAGACCGUCAAAAACACACUUUGAGAACCCUAAUCAGUUUUUACCAGAGAGAUGGCUGAGGUCGGAAGAAAACGUGAAAAAAGAUACGUCCCUUGGUUUCAUAGUCCUACCAUUUGGCCACGGUCCCAGGAACUGUAUUGGAAGACGAUUUGCUACUCAAGAAAUGUAUUUGGCAACUACCAAGGUCCUGCAGAACUUCAAGAUUGACGUCGCCCCAGAAUCCAAGUCAACACAAUUUAUCUACAAAAUGUUUAUCGAACCAGAAGAACCGAUUAAGUUUAAGUUUACAAAACUUCAUUAGAACAUCAGUCAAGUCUUUUGUUACGUUGUCAAAGGAAUUAUGACUACACACUUGUGUUCUCAUCCCUCUUCAAAACAAACAGAUAUGGUUACAGUCAAGCUGUUGAAUUAAAUAUGGGCCUUGAAGUUGUGUAACUGCAGAGACGUAGCUAGGAAUUUGCCAUCAUUUGGGGCCCAGGGGACUUGACCUCUUUUGCGUAAUAUUUAAUGGGAAAUACACUCAUUUAGGGGUCCCCCUCAAGUGGGGGCCCAAAGAAUUUUCAAAUUCUCUUCCUCCUUCCCCCACCUAGCUAUGCCUCUGUGUUACUGAUUACAUUCCAAGUGUAAUUAUUAAAUUUCAGAGUUUUUUUGCCGUUAUUUGGUUCAACUUGACUUGAAAUAAAACUAGCAAAAUCUAAAAAAUUCUUUUUAACCAUCAACGCUUAUCUAAGGGAAAGAACUCGCACUUACAAAUAUAUCUCUCAAUAAUGUAAACAAUUAUUUCGCUUAUUCGAUAUCAAACAAAUUAAUUUAUUCCCAAUAAUUAAUUGAAUAUUUGUUGUUGUUUUUUAAAAUCGAUUCAUGUUUUGCUAGGUAAAAUAAAUAUUUGUUUAAAGUUUCAACUUGAUCCUAGAAUGGGUGUGGCAGAAAUAACGUCUUCCAUUAAUUAUCUAAUGGGUCAAAACCCUACAUAGUUAGCCUUAUCUGUGAAUAUUGGAGGCUUAAUUUCCCUUUUGGUAUCAAAUAAAAUAAUUAAUUAUCAGUAAUUAAUUAACUAAUUGUUUUUUUUUUUAUUCAUGUCUUGUUUAUGCCGAUUAAUAAUUAUGCAAAGUUUCAAUUUGAUCUGACACUCGGUGUGACAGAAAUAAUGAGUACAAUUUUUUUACCUGACAGACACACAGAGACAGAGUGCAUUGAUUUAAGCUUGUAAUAAAGCACACACACAAUUCAGAACACUUUAAUCCAUACAACCAAUUAGAAUGACUUCAUAGAUCCAAAUAUGAGUAAAUCAGCUUUAUAAACAUACCAACGAGGACCAACUAAUGGUACCGGUGAAGCAGGUAAACUUUUUCAUCUUCCUUAUGAAGAUCUAGAUUUUCGUGCUUCUUUUUACCAAGCUUAUAUCAGCUCAGUACGUAUGUGUUGGUUCAAAUCUUUGACAAGUUAUUUUUCUCACUUUCCACUGUCAGCUCAGUACGUGUUUGGUUCAAAUCUUUGACAAGUUAUUUUUCUCACUUUCCACUGUCAGCUCAGUACGUGUUUGGUUCAAAUCUUUGACAAGUUAUUUUUCUCACUUUCCACUGUCAGCUCAGGACGUAUGUUUGGUUCAAAUCUUUGAUAAGUUAUUUUUCUCACUUUCCAUUGUCAGCUCAAGACGUAUGUUUGGUUCAAAUCUUUGAUAAGUUAUUUUUCUCACUUUUCAUUGUCAGCUCAGGACGUAUGUUUGGUUCAAAUCUUUGAUAAGUUAUUUUUCUCACUUUCCAUUCUUGGCUGCAGUUGAAACUUUGCACCAUUAUCCAUUGUCGAUGACAACACAUUUAUUUAUUUAAAAAUUUACCAAUUAUCAAUCAAUUAGUAGUAAUUAAUUAGUUUUGUUAUGUAUGAAAAAUGUAACUAUUUAAUAAUGAGAGAACGGCAGCCAUUGUCAAUCACAAUUUUCAUGUUAAUUCGAUCUGCUUUGUGACAGGUAUAUUUCUUUUUGUCAUAAUUAACUUUGUUGUUUUGGGUAUAUUGACAAAAUCUCAAAUUACCUCAUACAGUAUGACAAUUGUAAUAUUUGAGCCACUAUAUUUUUGCCUGAAUAGGUGUUCCAAGAACUUCUGGAUCAAUCUCUAGAAAAAAUAUUCAAAAUGCUCCGCUAAAUACUCAGAAUGUGCAAAGUAUUCCGUUAAGGAAACGUUUGAGAACCAUUCAAUUAAAAACAAAAACAAACAGAAACUUAAGAGAAAAAAACAAAAUAUGACCAAUGUAGAACAUCAACUUAUAUUACAACCAUAGACUAUAUAUAUAUAAUAUAUAUAUAUAUAUAUAAAUACGUAUAUAUAAAUAUAUAUAUAAUUACAACAAAUUUACCACGAGAGAUACAGUAAUAAAAUGAAACUUUCGGUGAAGCCUUACAUUCAGAAAUUUACACAUUUGGGCUUUACAACAACAAAAAAACAAGAAAAACAGAAAAAAACACUUUUUAAAACUAAAAUCUUAUAUAAAGUGUAAUUGUAAAUGAGUUUUGAUCAGUCAUGUAAUUAAACUUGUAAUAGGCCUAUGACUAACAAUAAUAAAUCUGUGCGAUUAGAAA